AGGAGACAGAGUAACAUGAGCAGCUUUAAAGCGAGAGUGAAAUAACUCAAUAAACAAUUGGAAGAUAUCCAUCAUACAUUUUGCUCAUCAGUUUGUACGGUUAUAAAGAAGAAGCAUGAAACUCUUUCUUUUCCUUUCUUUCAGUGCUCUCAUGUCACUUGAAGCAUUCGGGAAUACCCAUGAAACUGAUAAGCAAGCAUUACUCAAGUUCAAGUCUCAAGUUUCUGAGGAGAAAAAGGUUUUGCUGUCUUCAUGGAACAACUCAUCCCCUCUCUGCAGAUGGAAUGGGGUUACAUGUGGCCGAAAACACAAGAGAGUUACUCGUUUGGACCUCGGAGGAUUCCAACUGGGUGGAGUGAUAUCGCCAUUUAUUGGUAAUCUUUCGUUUCUCAUAUCACUUAAUCUCACUGAAAAUUCUUUUGGUGGAACCAUCCCUCAAGAGCUGGGAAACUUAUUUCGACUUCAACAUUUGUUUAUGGCAUUUAAUUUCCUCAAUGGAGGGAUUCCAGCCAGUCUGUUCAACUGUUCUAGAUUAUUGGUCUUUGAUUUAUAUUCAAAUAAUCUUGGACAAGGUCUUCUUCCUUCAGAACUAGGAUCAUUGAAUAAGCUUGUUAUUUUAGAUCUUGGUAAAACCAAUUUGAAAGGAAAACUCCCUCUAUCUCUAGGAAACCUAACAUCCCUCAGACACCUUUCCUUUGCAGUAAACAAUCUAGAAGGAGAAAUUCCAGAUGCUAUAGCUAGAUUGACUCAAAUGGUGGAAUUUGCGUUACACAUGAACAAUUUCUCUGGCGUUUUUCCUUCUGCAAUUUACAAUUUGUCCUCACUUAAGCAUUUAAGCAUGUAUGGUAAUGGUUUCUCUGGAAACCUGAGGCCUGAUUUUGGUAAUUUGCUACCAAACCUCCAAAAAUUGUUUAUGGGAAAUAAUUCUCUCACAGGAGCCAUUCCAUCAACACUUGCAAAUAUUUCAGCUCUUCGCUUUUUGGCCAUGGAGUAUAACAGUCUGACAGGAAGUAUUCCUCUGAACUUUGGAAAACUACGAUAUUUUCAAACACUAUCCCUUAGUGACAAUUCUCUGGGAAGUUUUUCAGCUGGAGAUCUUGAAUUUCUCGUUGCUUUGACUAACUGUACAACAUUGCAAUCCUUACAUGUGGCAUCCAAUAGGCUUGGGGGUGACUUGCCUGCCUCCAUUGCCAAUCUGUCAAUGAACCUCAAUCAGUUACUUCUUCAAAAUAAUUUCAUAUCUGGAAGCAUUCCUCAUGACAUUGGGAAUCUCAUAGGCCUACAAGCAUUAGUGUUGUCCGGAAAUCUAUUAGAAGGACCAAUCCCAGUCUCUUUUGGGAAACUUUCAGGAAUGAUGGGAUUAAGUGUCCAUGCAAAUAGAAUGUCAGGAGAGAUACCAUAUUCUUUAGGCAACAUCACUCGGUUAGAAAAACUUUAUUUGUCCAACAAUAGUUUUGAAGGAAUCAUUCCUCCAAGUCUUGGUAAGUGUAGCUAUUUGCUACAUUUACAUUUCCAUAAUAAUAAGUUGAAUGGUAUUAUACCUCAUGAGAUUAUACAAAUUUCAACCCUUGUUUCUCUAAGUUUGUCAAAUAAUUUAUUGACGGGCUCUCUUCCAGAAGAUAUUGGACGACUUGGAAAACUUGUUAAUUUAUUUGUUGCUCAUAAUAAGCUAUCAGGGAAACUCCCAGCGACUCUGGGAAAGUGUCUCUCACUGGAACAACUUGAUCUGCAAGGAAAUUCUUUUGAUGGAAUCAUUCCAGAAAUAAGUGGGUUAGUGGAUAUUAAAGAGGCUGAUUUCUCCAGCAACAAUCUCUCCGGAAGAAUCCCUGAAUAUCUUGCAAACUUUAGGUUGUUGGAAUAUCUCAAUCUAUCUUUUAACAACUUCGAGGGAAAUGUGCCAAAAGAAGGAAAGUUCAAAAAUGUCAAUAUUGUUUCAGUAUCUGGAAACAAAAAUCUAUGUGGAGGCGUAUUGGAACUGCGACUAAAACCAUGUUUUACGCAACCACCUAGAAAUUCAAAAAAGAAACUUGUGAUUCGGAUAAGCAUAGGCAUAUCUUUGCUUUUGCUUUUGCUUUUGUUCAUAGCUUCAGUUUCUCUUUGUUGGUUAAAAAGCAGAACGAAGAAAAAUACUAAUGAAGCAGCUCCUUCCACCUUGAGGGUUUUUCAUGAAAUGAUAAGUUAUGUAGAUCUUCGAAAUGUGACAGAUGGCUUCUCUUCGAGUAAUCUGAUCGGGUCAGGCAGCUUUGGUACCGUGUUUAAAGCUUUUCUCCCUGCUGAGAAUAAGGUUGUUGCAGUGAAAGUUUUAAACAUGCAGAGACGUGGAGCAAUGAGGAGCUUUAUGGCAGAAUGUGAAUCUCUGAAAGACAUUAGACAUCGUAAUCUUGUAAAGCUGGUGACAGCUUGUUCGAGCAUUGAUUUCCAAGGAAAUGAUUUCAGAGCUUUAAUCUAUGAGUACAUGCCAAAUGGAAGCUUGGAUAUGUGGCUGCACCCAAAGGAAAUAGAAGAUAUUUCUAGACCCUCAAGAACGUUGACACUUUUGGAGAGGCUUAACAUAGUGAUAGAUGUGGCUUCUGUUCUGGAGUAUCUUCAUCUUAAUUGCCACGAAGCGAUUUCUCAUUGCGAUCUUAAACCAAGCAACGUUCUUCUAGACGAUGAUCUAACCGCCCAUGUUAGCGACUUUGGUCUUGCUCGGAUCCUCCUCAAAUUUGACCAGGAAACCUUCAUUAACCAACUUAGCUCGGCUGGAAUCAGAGGAAGCAUCGGCUAUGCAGCACCAGAAUAUGCAAUGGGAGGAGAAAUAUCAGUGCAUGGUGAUGCGUAUAGCUUUGGGAUUCUCAUUUUCGAAAUGUUCAGUGGAAAACGACCAACCGAUGAGAUGUUCGGAGGAGACUUAACGCUCCGUAGCUGCAUCAGGUCUGCAAUACCAGAUCAAGUUUUGGAUGUGGCAGACGAAUUGGUUCUUCACAACGGCCUUAGAAUUGGCUUCCCUGCUGCUGAGUGCUUGACAAAGGUUUUAGAAGUGGGACUUGGGUGUUCUGAAGAGUCUCCAGCAAACCGCUUGGGAAUGAGUGAGGUUGUAAAAGAAUUAAUCUCAAUCAAGGAGAGGUUCUUCAAAACCAGAAGAGGAGCUAGAAGUUAAAGUGUGUCUUGUAUGCUUGCUCCUCUACAAACUUGAAAGACUUGUUGAUGUAUCAUAUUUCUUCAUAAUAAUAUGCUUUGAAUGUUGUGAAACAUAAUGCUAUGUUACUAGCAGACAAAAGAUGAAUGUUGUGUAAGCAAUUUGGUAUUUGUAAUUUGGAAUUUUUAUCGGAAAACAGUAUUGUUUUUGCAGUUUGAUAUGUAAUAUAUGUUUACUA